AUGGGGGGCUCAGACGCGCAGCCGGGCACCUGGCCGUGGCAGGUGAGCCUGCAUCAGGGCGGGGGCCACAUCUGCGGGGGCUCCCUCAUCGCCCCGUCCUGGGUCCUCUCGGCCGCUCACUGUUUCGUGACCCCCCAGCCCCAGGAGGCCUGCCCCCUCCAUGCGGUCCACCUAACCCCACCCCGGCCUCGGCCUCGGCGCAGGAACGGGACCUUGGAGCCCGCGGCCGAGUGGUCGGUAGUGCUGGGCGUGCACUCCCAGGACGGGCCCCUGGACGGCGCGCACGUCCGCGCGGUGGCCGCCAUCCUGGUGCCGGACAACUACAGCGGCGUGGAAAGGGGUGCCGACGUGGCCCUGCUGCGCCUGGCCUCUCCCGCCCGGCUGGGCCCCGCCGUGCGGCCGGUCUGCCUGCCCCGCUCCUCGCACCGCUUCGCUCACGGCACCGCCUGCUGGGCCACGGGCUGGGGGGACGUCCAGGAGGCCGACCCCCUGCCUCUCCCCUGGGUGCUACAAGAAGUGGAGCUAAGGUUGCUGGGAGAAGCUGCCUGUCAGUGUCUCUACAGCCGGCCUGGUCCCUUCAAUCUCACUUUCCAGCUAUUGCCAGGAAUGCUGUGUGCUGGCUACCCAGAGGGCCGCAGGGACACCUGCCAGGGAGACUCUGGGGGGCCCCUGGUCUGCGAGGAAGGUGGCCGAUGGUUCCAGGCGGGAAUCACCAGCUUUGGCUUUGGCUGUGGACGGAGGAACCGCCCCGGAGUCUUCACUGCUGUGGCUCCCUAUGAGGCAUGGAUAAGGGAACAGGUGUUGGGCUCAGAGCCUGGCCCUGCCUUUCCCACCCAGUCCCUGGAGCCCCAGUCAGGUCUCCCCGAGCCCACGGAUGAGAACUGCACCAUCGCCCUGCCAGGGUGCGGGAAGGCCUCGAGGCCAGGGGCCUGGCCCUGGGAAGCCCAGGUGAUGGUCCCAGGAUCCAGACCCUGCUAUGGGGCACUGGUGUCUGAAAGCUGGGUCUUGGCACCUGCCAGCUGCUUUCCGGGCCGCAUCAGCUCAGACCUCCCGCCCCGCGACCUGGACAACUGGCGCGUGAUGCUGCCCUCGCGCCCGCGCGCGGAGCGGGUGGCACGCCUCGUGCCGCACGACAACGCCUCGUGGGACGACGCCUCGAACCUGGCGCUGCUGCAGCUGCGCGCGCCCGUGAACCUGAGCGCGGCCCCGCAGCCAGUGUGCCUACCCCACCCAGAACACUAUUUCUUACCCGGGAGCCGCUGCCGCCUGGCUCGCUGGGGCCACACGGAACCAGCGCCCGGGGCCGGUUCGCUGCUUGAGGCGGAGCUGUUGGGCAUCUGGUGGUGUCAUUGCCUGUAUGGCCGCCAGGCGGCGUCAGUGCCGCCGCCGGGAGAGCCGCCGCAAGCUCUCUGCCCCGCCUACCAGGAGGAGGAGGUGGCGGGCCGCUGCUGGAACUACUCUCAUUGGAGCCUUCUAUGCCGGGAAGAGGGGACCUGGUUCCUGGCUGGAAUCAGAGACUUACCCAGUGACUGCCUGCGUCCCAGAGCCUUCUACCCGCUGCAGACCCACGGCCCAUGGAUCAGCCAUGUGACUCGGGGAGCCUACCUGGAGGACCAGCUGGCCUGGGACUGGGGCCCUGAGGGGGAGGAGACUGAGACACAAACUUGUCCCCCUCACACAGAGCAUGGCGCCUGUGGACUGCGGCCAGAGCCGGCUCUGAUGGGGGUCCUGUGGCCCUGGCUGGCAGAGGUGCAUGUAGCUGGAGAGCGAGUCUGCACUGGGGUCCUCGUGGCCCCAGGCUGGGUCCUGGCAGCCACUCACUGUAUCCUCAGGCUGGGCUCUACAACAGUGCCUUAUAUUGAAGUGUACCUGGGCCGGGCUGGGGCCAGCCCCCUCCCACAGAGCCACCAGGUUUCCCGGCUGGUCAUCAGCAUCCGCCUGCCCCGGCACCUGGGACUUCGGCCCCCCCUGGCCCUCCUGGAGCUGAGCUCCCGGGUGGAGCCCUCCCCAUCAGCCUUGCCCAUCUGCCUUCACCCAGGGGGUACUCCGCUGGGGGCCAGCUGCUGGGUACUGGGCUGGAAGGACCCCCAGGACCGAGUCCCUGUGGCUGCUGCUGUCUCCAUCUUGACACCACGACUCUGUCACUGCCUCUAUCAGGGCAUUCUGCCCCCUGGAACUCUCUGUGUCCUGUAUGCAGAGGGGCAGGAGGACAGGUGUGAGGUGACCUCAGCACCUCCGCUCCUGUGCCAGACUGAGGGAGGCUCCUGGGUCCUCGUGGGCAUGGCUAUUCGAGGCAGCAGGGAGCUAUUUGCCGCCAUCGGACCUGAAGAGACCUGGAUCUCCCAGACAGUGGGGGAGGCGUAUUUCCUGCCCCCCAGUGGCUUCCCCCACUGGCUCCCAGAAGGCGGCGACCUCUGUCCCCCUGACAUGUCCAGGGCCUCAGGUUCCCCUCGAGCUGCUCUUUUCCUGCUGCUACUGACCCUCCUGAUGCAGGGCUGAGGCGGCCUGGGUCCCUGGGCCACCUCCCCUUCACCUCCCCCACCCCCUCCAGCCCUCUACUUCCCGGCCCGGUGGGGCUGGAAUGUGGCCCAACUGGCUCUGUUCCCUUACCCAGAACCUCCAGAGCGCCCCACCCACCUAGACUGCAGCGGCUUCAGACAAUUGGGCCUCAGUGCCCAGCUAUUAUGGGCCCUGGCAUGCUUGAGGGCAGUGGGAGCCAGCAGACCACAAAGGUGUAAACAGAGACACACGUGGCCUUGUGGCAUUGCUGGGGGCAGGCUGAGGGACCGGGGGAAGCCCCAGGGAGCGGGCCUCUCCCUCCUGGGCCUCUGUGGGUCAGGCCUUAGGCUCCCAGAAAAUGUAUUCCUGAUAAUGUGGCGUCUGUCCCUCAUUCCUGCCCCAGGGCGGGGGAGGUCGAGGGGCCAGCUGGGUGUGUGUCACCUCCCCAGUGGAACCAGCAUCCCCAGCACGCACCUGCUGGACACCUCAGCCCUAGCUCUCUUGGACUCUGCUGCCCCUCCCCCCAGAGCAAGAAGGACUAGGGGUGAGGGUCAGAGGAAGUGUCCAGGAGUCUGGGAAUCCAGGGUCUGUCUGCCAUAUCCUGUACCCGCACGGAGCCUCCCCCAUACACAUACCCUGAUGAAUGGUGCCACAGAGUGUUCACCUCCAGUGUCCCCAGUACACACACAUGACACUUGUACCCUUCAAGGGUCCACCACAUCCUGCCCAGUGCCCCCAGGGUUUGGGCCCCAUCAAGAGUCCCCUAUAUGUACAUCUCACUACCUCUGCCCACCCCACUUACCAGUGCACCUCCCUGCCUUCAUUCAACCACGUUCCCUGCUAACUGCUAAGUCCCGGCACAGCUCAGGCCUUGACAAGCGCAUGAAGUGCUCCCAACGUGGUGGGGAACACAUGGACUGGGGAUCAGGAACAAGUCAUAGAAGGGGUUCUAGCAAAGAAUAAGGGCAAAGGGAGACCCAUCCGGGGCAGGAGGGGUGCUGAGGGUGGCAGAGGGGUCACCUCUGGGGCUGGGGUCACCAUCUCUGAGUUGAGUAGGCAGAAGGCUGGGGAGGGGAGACCUUACAGGGAAGCUGGAAGUUCUUGGGAGACUGAGAAGAUGGGCAGAGGUUCUUAAAGGCCCUGGCUAAUCUUUUUUUUUUUUUUUCUUUGCCCGCACUGCAUGGCAUGCAGGAUCUUAGUUCCCUGACAAGGGAUCGAACCCCUGCCCCCUGCAGUGGAAGCACAGAGUCCUAGCCACUGGA